GAUUCGCUAGGUAUAUUAACAUAUUCAUUUAAUUGUGUAUGGACAUGGCGCUGGGUGACCUAAAACAGCCAUGUCCCGACCUCGCGACACCGCGAGCUGGGGUUCGGCGCUACCAGCACUUACUGCCACUAUAGUGCGUAGCACAUUCAAACAAAUAACCGCCUUUGUGCAUAAUCUUUAUUUUGAUCAACUUUUAGCAUUAUCAAAUUCAUAAUUAUUAAUACUUACGCAUACUGCUGAUUGUCUCUUAUCAAUUCUCGUUUAAAUGUUUGUGCUUUAUAUCCAGUGAAGUCAGUUAAGUCUUAGCAGUCUAUGAAUGAACUACAGUGCUUUGUAAAUUAAAAUAAAAUAAUAUAUUCUUAUAUUUCGGAGUGAUAACAUAAUUUGAACUAAAAUACAUUGUAUUUUAAUUAGUGCUUUAUAGUGGAUUAUAUUGCAAAGUGAUUAAAAUGCCACUUCGUAGAAAUCAGGUACAAGUUUUGGUGAAAUGGAUCCUAGAGAACCAGCACAAACUACAGGCAGUGCGGAAAUGCAGUUCUUCCCUGCGUUAUAAGGAGUUGGAGGAGGGCCAGACGCCUGCGCAAGAGCACGUGGCCGGGGCGGCGUCCGCGCAGCCACGCCCACACAUCACGCCUGAAGAAUCCUUCAAGUAUGAGGAUCUGCAAGUGAGACUGGCGGCACCGUACCAGCUACAGCCCAAACCAGACGUGAGCGACGUCGGGUUUGGCAAGUUCUUCACCGACCACAUGCUCAAGAUCCAGUACCACAAACACCUCGGAGGGUGGCAGAAACCUGAAAUAAUGCCUUUCGAAAAUUUAUCAAUACACCCUGCGGCCAAAGCUCUUCACUAUGCAAUACAGUUGUUUGAAGGUAUGAAAGCAUAUAGGGGCGUGGACGACAGAAUACGACUGUUUCGACCAGACUGCAAUAUGGAGAGAAUGAACCUAGCGGCGGAGAGGUCAGGCCUGCCGAUGUUUGAGGGGGAAGAACUAGUCCAGUGCAUCUCUAGGCUCAUACAGAUAGACCAAGAGUGGGUUCCGCACUCGGAAACUUCCACGCUUUACAUACGACCUACAUUAAUAGGCACUGAGGCGACGUUCGGCGUGAUGGCGCCAGAAAGCGCGUUGCUGUUCGUGAUCCUGAGCCCGGUCAGCUCGUACUACAAGAACAGCGAGGACGGCGCAGUGUCCAUCUUCGCGGACCCCAACGUGGUGCGCGCCUUCCCGGGAGGCGUCGGCAAUAGGAAAGUCGGAUCCAACUACGGCCCAACUAUAGAGGCCACGAGUAGGGCGGCGAAAAUGGGCCACGAUCAAGUAUUAUGGUUAUUUGGACCGAACCACGAAAUCACCGAAGUAGGCGCAAUGAACAUAUUCGCUGUAUACAUUAACGAACAAGGAGACAAGCAGCUGAGCACGCCGCCUCUAAACGGAUUGAUUCUGCCGGGCGUGACGCGGCGCUCCGUGCUGGAGCUGGCGGGGCAGUGGGAGGAUCUCGUGGUCACUGAGGAGGUGCUCACUAUGGGACAGAUCAUAGACCUCAACAAUAAAGGACGGUUGCUGGAAAUGUUCGGCGCGGGCACGGCGGCGGUGAUCAGCCCCAUCAGCCGCAUCGGGUUCCUGGACAACCACAUCCACAUCCCCACCAUGAAGCAGCCGCAGCCCGUCUUCCAGCGGAUCAAGGACACACUGCUGGCCAUACAGUACGGCCACAUAGAACACCCCUACGCUCGCGUCAUACUGUGAGAUCACAGACACUAGUGAAAGACACAGUGAUUAAUUUUAGUGUGGACAAUCAUUACGCAAUAUUGUGUUUACCUUACGUAACUUUCUAUCAUCGAAAGUUUUGUUUGAACUGUAAAUAACACCGCCGAUAAAGAUAACAUAAGGUUACAGUGAACAGUGGGGCCAAAGAUGUUUACGAAUUUAAAAUACUGCGCAUCAUGUAUUUUAUGUAUGACAUGUCGUGGGUUUUUCACUAUUAUCGCGAUGUCAUUACGGUAUCAGUUUGUAAAUGUUUAAUUUAUUAUCUUUAAAAAUAUUUAAAUAAGCCUUUUAGUUAGCGCUCCAGUUUUCAUCAUAGUCGUUGUUCGUUACUAGUCUAUUUGGCAUUUAUAAGUCAUCAAGGAAAAGUAUUUUUAUAUUUUCAAGAAAAGGACAAUAUUUGUUAGGUACUUUUCGUGGAAGUCGUUGACACGAGGUAUCUACUUCGCCGUUCAAUUGUAAAUGUGAUGUGAAUAACCACUGAAAGUGCGGCGUAGCAUAUACCUAUCUGCGUAUAAUUAUUUCCCGUAUAAUUUGGCUCACGGGCAAUAAAAUUAAGAUACUACAAGGCUCAAAAAGCUACUUUUAAUAUUUAAUCUUAAUUGUGACCAAAUUAUGUAUAUGGAAAAGUGUGUUUGCUUUUCACGCCGAAACUAUAGCUGUAUAUAGCUGAGAGCAUUGAGAAGGACCAUAGUCGGUAACUUAUCGUGAUCAAUUCUUAUCUCAUAAAUGUGCGGCAAAAUUUCACGGGGCUUAAUAGCUGAUUUAGUUAAUUGUCACUAUUUGUCCAAAAAACAGUGUACUUUAUAUACUAUUUGUUCCAAAAAAGUUCCAGUUAAAGUGAUAUCUAUAGCAUGUACCUCUAAAAUUUAGAAGUCGAGUAAUAAAACUUUUGUAUCAUAAUCCGAAUUUAUAAAGUUUUAUCAUACGUAUGUAUAUAAGUAUGUAGAACGUGAUAUGUUUAUUAUAUUAUGAAUUGUAUUUAUUGUAUACACUUAUAUGUAAUGUAAAUAUUUUUUAAUUAUAAUGCUGCAAGCAAAUUGCUCGUAAUUAACUGUCUUCAGUAAGGUAAGUUAGAAUGGCUCCUCUGUCUAUCCCCGAUAAAUUAUAUCUACACGUUUUAUUUAUUUUUAAUUUGAUAAAAUAUAAAGAUAUGUCUGGAAAUAAUGUUUCCUUUAGAUUUUUUCUCAUAUUUUAAUAAAACUUAUUAAGAUGUUGCAAUACAGGAUGAUAAUCUCAGUAUUAUAUUUUCUACGAAAUUUUGAUUGUUGAGGAGCCUCUACCGCUUCCUUUUGGCGACAUUGUAACUAUGUGAAUUUUAUAGGAAAAAUGUUAUUUAUUUUAUAUUUUUAUUGAUGUGAUAUUAAAUUAUGUGAUGACGAAUUUCUUUAAGUACCUUGAACUAUAAAACCCGGUGUUUGAGCUUCCAAACAAGACGCCAGUAUUAUUCAGUUCUUCUGAUUGUGUAAAAAACAUUGGUCACGCAACUGAGUUGCGUGCAAAAAACGGUAAUAUAUAAGCAUCCAGAAUGUUUUAGGAUGCUAUGUUUUAUAGCGAUAUUUUACUAAGAAGCAAAGAAGAAAUCUUGUAAUACUUCAGAAAGUCUUGUUAUUCUAGUCUAAGAAUCUGUAACAAAUACAAUUGUAGGGUUGUAUUGGUAUUUUAUUAUAAAAGACAAACAUUGUACAUACCUCCGAUGAAAAAUAAUUAAUUUUUAAUAAAGAAGUUUAAUAAUU